CGAAAGGAUCGACAGCUAUUUGUAGCCGUGUAAAUGUUGCGCGCUUUCCUGUCAACUAGAAUCAAAACAUAAAACAAAGGAGAUCGCACGAAAUUGCUCGUCGUGUUUGUUUUGUCUUAAAACAACGCAAAAAUCUCAAUUUUUUUUUAAUUCAUUUUAAAUUGUGGAAAUAAAAAAGAAAACUUAAAUUGCCUGGUGUUGUGUUCAUUCCGCGAGAAUGGCGGCUAGAAAACUGAAUACCAUAGAAGAUCUAAGUGAAUCGUGGGUCGAACUGAACUCCGGCGGAAUGCUGAGCGGUGCUGAGAACGAAUACAUACGUCUGCUCAGAGAGGCUCAGAGGGAAAGCCGUGACUCCUCCGUGCGGCACUCGAGAGCGUCGAGCGUCAAGGGAAGCCCGAAAUCGCCACCAAAUAGUCCGAAUCUAGAACCAUCUACCGAAGAUGAAUUGAAAGGUGUAUAUAUAAACUGUUGGAAGGAUGACUCCAACGACUGGGUAUGGGAAUGGAGCAGCCGGCCUGACCAGGUACCUCCGAAGGAUUGGCGUUUUAAACACCCCCAAAGCGCCAGGGGUCCGCCGUCGGCUACGUCCUCUAUAGAGGUGCUGGAGCAGCUCGCGCCGGCUAUGCAACAGAGCCACUGUCUGUCCGUCCGACGCACGUGUCUGUUCAGCCGUGGUGCGGUUGCCGCUGUGCUCGUCACAAACAUCGUCUCCCUCCUACUGGGAGCUGGAAUCGGUGUGUGGCUGAGCAAGAAAGGCAUGCUCCCCCCCAGACUCAUUAUUCUCAACUAGAUCAUAAGACUGAAUAUCUUUCGUUUAGGUGUAGUUGUGCGAUUAUCGACUUUAUUAUUAUAAUGUUAGAAUUGCUUAUCGGGAACAAUUAUUUCUAUAAGAACGAAUUUGUUUAAGAUUUAAAUUUUUUUUUUUUUUCUAAAAAGAAAUUUUUGUAUUGUGUAUCUUAGUGCUAUAAUAAUAGAGUGUAUAAUCGCUUUGUAAUGAAGUGAUCUUAAGAUUGAGUAACUUGGUAUUAAAAUUAAGGAGUCGAUAUUUUUCAAUUCUUGUACCUGAAAUGGAUAUAUAUAUAUUAUUUUUAUUUCUAAAAUCUUUGCUCUGGCAAUGUGAAAUAUAUACACAAACAAAUACAAAACUUUUUUGCAAUGUCUAGUUUGAAAUAGCCGAAAGUAUUUCAGAAUGUUCUAGAAUUCUAGACUAGAAACCCUGACAAUUCUAUGCGACAUGUUUAAUCCUCGCCCGCGCGGUACAGGAGCGCUGUGUCAGACGACAAAGGGGGCUGAGGUGCGGGCGGCGGGCGAAUUUUUGACACGAAUCAUUUGACUUUAAAAAUUGUGAUCAUGCUACUCGGUGAAUAAAUAAAAAUUGUUAUUUCUUUAAAAUACUCCUAAUCUAUGGCUUUUAAACUCUAUGAGCGUAGAGUUAAGUAGAUGACGCUCUAAGCACAUUCCAGUAUGGAGUUUUUCUUUUUCAGUAAUACUAUUCUUGUUUGUUCUCUUAGUAUUUAUAUCCUUAAUAAAAGUUUUUUUUUUUUUUAUUUAUUUUUAUUUUACUUGUAAUUGAAAACAGCUGUAAGUCUUUAAAUAUAUUUUUAAUCUGUUGUAUUUUUUGUAGUAACAAGUUUUAUGUUUAUUUCAGAGUAUUUGUUUCUAUUUAUUUUUUUUUUCGUAUAAAUAAAAAUAUAUAUUAUAUUUUAUACUAUAAUUUGAAAAUUUUGUAACAGAAAAAUAUAUCCAUUUUAGGUACAAUAUUGUGAGGCUUGAGUCAUAAGUUUAAUGUAUACAAGAAAAAAAAACAUAUUAGUAUCAUUUUAGUAGAUAUAUAUUUGUGUCAUCUUUCUUAAGCUUAAUAAUUAAAAAUAAAUGGUUUUGUUCAUGUAUUUGUUAAACUUUGAUUCAAAGAAGACUGCUAGAAUGUUACGUGGAGCAAAAACGAAAAAAAAAACUACAAAAAAAUGUAUUUGAAACCCAAUAUUUUAUAUUUUCUUACUAUUUGUCAUCCCUUUACGUGAUUACUUUUUUUGUUUUAUCUGUUGAGAUUAAAAAUGAGAAAAUUAUUAAUAUUUAUUUUAAGUGAAAAAUGUUCACGUUAAUUUUUGGUAGGUUCUAUCUGUUUUUUUUUUUUAAUUUAUCAACAGAUAAAAUAAACUAUAUUAUCAUUGAAUUUUAUUAAAAAAAAAAACCUAGUCGUAAGUAUUUCCAAGUAACUAUUAAGUUUGUUUAGUUUUAUUACUUAAAAUAUUAAAGUACUGUAUCAUAUAAAAUUACUAUUUUUUUAACCUGGCAAUUAUUUUUUCUAGAAUUUAUAACCGAUAUUUUGUUUUUUUUUUUUUUUUUUGUUACAUAAUACAGAUAAUUAAAAACGAAAAAGGAAUUACAUUUAUCGACAAACACAUACCGAAAAUUCAUAUAAACGUAAUUAAUAUUUUAAUAUAAUUCGUCUAUUUUAAUAAUGAUAACACUCUUCAAAAAGUGUUCUAUUAAUUAUGAAAUAUGGUUGGUACUAUGGUUUCAAUGGCUUCCAGAAGUGAUUCAUAACUCGAGAUGAAAUUAUUGAGCAUAGAAACUUGAAUUUUUUAGAAAUUAAUUAUAUUUUUUUGUAGUAUUGCCAAAUACUGGCAUAUAUUUUCAAUUUCUUACAAUAAUUUGAAAUAUGAAAAUAAAUUAUAAUAAAGUAUAAAAAAUGCAAAUAUUCGUAUGUACUUUCUGAUACAUAUAUUAGUGUAUGUAGUAAUUUUAUAAAACGCGUGUCGGUGUCGGUAUAUACGUUUUGUCGUUCGAUAUUUCGAACGAUCACAAAUGUUAUGUCGACUGUACCACUCGGUAUCAUUUCAUUGAGAACGGUACGUGAACGUGGUUAUUUAUGAAAGUAAAUAAUAAUUAUAUUAUAUAAUUUAACAGAAAUAUAGUGAUAUUUAUAAAACGAUUUUUGACGUUGAAUUUAAAGACAAAUGUGAUUCCGUUUCUGCUAACCAUCAGCGCAUCGAAUAUGAAUUUCAUUUCAAGUUUCUAACGUUAGCCAUUUCUGUACGUUAAAAAUGUCAAAAACAGCUGUCAGAUAAAUAAUUAAGGAGUGUUGAGGUUAGAUGUAUCUUUAUAAAAAAGGGUUCCUAUAAAUGUAUGAAUUUUAGAAUGCGUUAUUGCUUUGUAGAGUAAAACGGAAAAUUUUGAGGAACACUUUUUGUACUCAUACAUCUAUCUCUUUUCAUCUACACUCCAUAGAUUUAAUAUUCAAGAUAAAGAUUAAGUAAUCAAAUAUAAAGUUUCAAUAUUCUUUCGUUAUUAUUGAGAAUUUUUAAUUUUCGAGUAGGUAGUGGGUCUCCAUUGAAUACACUUUGAAUCAUUAUGCGCUGACUCCUAACCAUAUGUGGGGUCGGGGCUUUAUCAACGUCCAUUAUUAUUUUCCCGCCAAAAUGUUCCUUUAAUUUUGACAGUUAUUUUUAUGUUCUGUGCCAACGUAUAAACACAAUAUGCUCAAAAUACUUCGUGGCAUGGUUUUUUUUUUUCAAUUUUUUUGUCAUUCAUUCUUAUUUUGUAUAUAUUAUAUUUCAUAAUCGCUAGCUUUAAGAGCUUUAAAAUAAAAUAAUACGCAUUUUA